CAGGCGCGUUCAUAUUGUGUGAGCGAGACCGACGAUUCAUCAUCACAGCGCAUUCAAUUCCUCCCAGACGUCGACCAUUCCAGAGCAGCAGCCAUGGCCUCCGGUGUGAAAGUCACAGAUGAAGUUAUCGCAGUCUUCAAUGACAUGAAGGUGCGUAAGGCUCAGGCGAAUGAGGAAGAGAAGAAGAAGAGAAAGAAGGCCAUUCUGUUCUGUAUGAGCAAGGACCUCAAGAACAUUGUUCUGGAUGAAGGCAAAGAGAUCCUUCUGGGUGACUUGGGAACCACCAUCCAGGACCCAUACCAGCACUUUGUGAAUAUGCUCCCCCCAAAUGACUGUCGCUACGCUCUGUAUGACGCCACCUAUGAGACCAAAGAAACAAAGAAGGAGGACUUGGUCUUUAUCUUCUGGGCUCCAGACAGCGCCCCCUUGAAGAGCAAGAUGAUCUAUGCCAGCUCAAAAGAUGCCAUCAAGAGAAAAUUUGAAGGUAUUAAGCACGAGUGGCAGGUGAAUGGCUUGGAAGACCUUAAAGACCGGAAUACCCUGGCAGAAAGGCUUGGCGGCUCAUCAGUCAUCAGUCUGGAAGGAUCCCCGAUAUAAAUACCCCCUCCUCUUCUCUGGCUAAGAUCGAGGCCUUUCAGACACAUCUGUUGGGUUUAGCUGUUCAUUCCAGUGUUCUUUGGAGACGGGCAAAAGCGGAACCUGCACCAUUUGCGGGACUCUCGGGGUGGGAUAUUGUGGGUGGGUUUGGGGUCAAGUGACAGUUUGAAAAAAUAAAUAAAAGAAAUUCCACAUAUGCAGAUUGUCAUAUUCCACUUCACGCAACAAAAAGAAUAUGAACAAAACACACAAAGGAAAAACAUAAGAUACAACAGAGGAAGGAUGACGUUAAAACUUAAAUACACAUAUUGUUCAUGUUUUAAAGAAAGGAUUUUGUUAUUUCUUUACAAGUUUAAUUUGAAUGAUUGCAGAGAAAGGGACAAACAAUAACUUAGUUUCCCAAAAAAUAAUCUUAAACUACAUAUAUUUUUUGCCAAACUUCUAGUUAAGUUUUGUAAGUGUGUAGUUGAAACUAUCUAUAGUUGAACUAAUUCAUAAGAUUGAUCAAACCCUUCUAAAUAUAUAUAGUUCUCUUUUUUUGUUUUGUUAUUCCAUUUCUGUUUUUUUUUCUUUUUUAAUGGGCAAAUUCCCGAAUUUGAAUGAUUUUCCUAUUUUGAUUUCCAGUUCUCCGUCAGAUAACCUGGCAUUUCAUUUAGUUAACAGACAACUUUCCUUUGUUUUUGUUAAAACCAGGAUGUCCUUGAAUUAAAAUCGUUGGUGUUAUGAAGGUCUGAUGGGAGCGAUGUGUGUGUAUAUGAACGCAGCGGUCAGAGUUUAGACUGAAUAUUGAAUGGUGGAUGUUUUGUAUCGUCUCCUUAUCUCUAAUAAAAAGCACUAAACUACUUA